AUGCGGUUCCGCCCUCUUGUGGCGGCGCUUCUCCUCGCCCUGACCAUCUGGGUGCUCUUCGAUAUCGCAGCUCGCGCCGUCCGCUUUGUUCACAUCUUUGGCGUCCACGCUGGCCCGGCCCUGACGCAGGAGGAAGUCGAGGCCGCCUUCAAUGCCCCCGCCCCAGGAAACAUCGAGAGGCAGCAAUACGUCCCCAAGAUCAUCCACCAGAUAUUUCACAACUGGAAAGACCCCAAAAACGAGACGCUGCCUGCCGACUGGGAAGCCUCGAGGCGGACAUGCUCGGACAAGAACCCCAAUUUUGAGUACCACCUAUGGACCGAGCCUUUGUCGCUCGAGUUCAUUGCCACGAACUACGAGUGGUUUUUGCCCACCUACAAGGGUUACAGUUACCCUGUGCAGCGAGUCGACGCUCUCAAGUACUUUCUCCUCCUCCAUUUUGGCGGAAUCUACAUCGACCUGGACAAUGGCUGCUCCCGCGACCUUGAACCCCUCCUCUACUACCCAACCUGGGUCGCCGAUGGCGGACAAGGCACUCUCAGCAACAAUAUCCUCGGCGCGCGACCACACCACCCGUACUGGGCCAUGAUGACCAACUCUCUCAUUCCAUGGGGCUACAAAUACCCUUUCCCGUACUUCACGGUUCACUACUCCAGCGGCCAGUGGUUCGAGACAGCCAUAUGGGAAAUAUACCACGAACAACUACCUGCAAGGCCUAAUCAAGAAGACAGGCUGUGCCGUAUCAUGAUGGACAACCGCGUCGGCGGCGCCCGCUGGGUGUUUUUCACAGAAGGCCGCGGGGGUUCGUGGGACAACUGGGACAAUCACUUGUUCAGCUUCAUAGGGAACCGUUUCGUGCCCUGGGUCGUGGCCAACUUCAUCUUCAUCAUCCUCGGCGCGGUUGCCGUCGCAGCCAUGAUCUGGUACCGGAAGUGGGGGCUGAAAAGGAUCCUGCACACAAAAUCAACGUUCAACAACGGUAGGUUGAGUUCGAUGGCAUGA